GUUAGCUGUCGAAGGUGGUGCCCAGUCAGUCUCUGAGCCUGCAGCGCUCCCACCACCCAGGAGACGCAGUGUAUUGAGAAGAGGGCUCCUAUACAUGGCUAUCUCUGGGGUCACCUUCUACGUAGGCAGUACUGCCGCAGCUUUGACGAACGAUCGGUUUUAUGACUUUUUCGUCGAGUCUGUUCCGUUCGGGGAAUCUAUCAUGGACUACGCUGAAGGUGAGGGGUGGGACCAGGCCAUGCUUUCUGGGAUCCCAAAGGAUGUCGUCGACACGGCGAAAACGGCAUACAGUUCCGUUGCUGGUGCGUUUUCCCGAACCAUGGGUUCUGGGAAUAGUCCUCCAGCCCCAUCGCCUCCUACUCAGGACUCGUCUCCACGGCCUGCUGGACCUGCGUCUACUAGCAACGCAAAGGGCGCUGUCUCUCCAACGGCAGCCUCCGCCUCCGCCUCGGCAAAAACUGGCGGCGUGGAAAAGGCAUCUACUGUGAAAAAGACCAUCAAGGAGAAGACAUACAAAUGGACCAACGACAUCGAGCCUCUUGUCAGAGAAGCCGAAAUUGCUCUUAAGGAUGACUGGAAAUUCCCAACUCUCCAAACAUCCAAGUCCGAACCCGAUUCCGCUCCCGCUGCUAGUCCUCCGCCAGGAAAGAAGCCUUUCACCGGCCAGCUUCCUAUUGGUCAUACCCUUCCACCAGGCUACUACAUACCAUCGGAAUCCAAACCUGCAGACCGCGUUGGUCUUAAAUCCUCCAUCAGCACAUUCCCCCUCCCUCUUGUCGCUCCUGCAGUCUCCAAUCUCUCCGCAUCUGAGCCUGCUAUUGCCCAGAUAGCAUCCAAUAUUGAUACUCUUGCUAAUUUCCUUAAGGCUGGUCCUAAUGGCGCGGAGGGUGCGCGUGGCAUCCUCGAGGCUGCUCAGAAGGAUCUGAAGCAGCUUGGGCUCCGCAUUGAUGCUGCUAAGGUAGAAGAAAAGAAGAAGCUAGAGGAGCAGCUAGAGGCCCAGGCGUUGGAUUAUUCUCAGAAACUCUUACAACUGGAGGUCGACGCCCAGGACAAGAUAGAUGCUCAAGAGGAAGGAUACAAAGCGAUGCUUGAGGAGGAGAGGGACAGGGUUAUUCAGGAUUUCCGCCAAAAACUCGCCAAUGAGCUCGAGACUCAGAGCCAGAUCAUCAAUGAACGCCUAAAGGAGGAGGUCAUUGCACAGGGAAUCGAGAUGCAACGUCGUUGGAUACGUGAGAUCAAAGUCCGUGUCGAACAGGAGAGAGGUGGUCGCCUUUCCAAACUGGAGGACUUUGCAACAAAUUUGAAGAAAUUAGAACGUGUCACGCUUGACAAUUCAUCCUACCUUGACGAAAAUCUUCGUUUACACGCGCUUUGGUCUGCUCUGCGUGCUUGCUCUAGCGCCGUGGACUCGCCAGUGCGCAAGCCCUUCCGGGAGGAACUGCGCGUGCUUAGACACGUCACAGCCGCACGGGAUGACCCCAUUAUCAGCACUGUGCUCCGGUCGUUGGAGCAAGGUGAUGCCGCUGAUACUGGCGUUGAGCCCCUCCCAGAUCUUGUCUCGUGGUUCAUUGCCUCGGUGGCACCACGCCUCGAAAACGUCGCCCUAGUCCCCGAACAGAACGCGGGGUUGCUAUCUCAUCUCGCGUCUAGCGUGUUAUCAACGUUCAGGUUUAAGAGACAAGGAUUGGUGGAGGGUGACGAUGUGUCCAGUGUCAUCGCGAGAGCGGAGCACUACCUUGCAGAAAAAGAUUUAGAUUCUGCGGCCAGAGAGCUUAAUCAGCUCAGAGGCGUGCCGAAAGCCCUGCUGUCUGACUGGCUCUCAGCUGCGCGAAAACGGCUAGAAGUCGAGCAAGCAUUAGCAAUCGUAGAAUCACAGGCAACGUUAUCGUCAUUAUUGGUUGUAUGAUGUUCAUUAUUCACCAAUAGAAUUUAUUCCUCAAAGAAUGAUCG